AUGGAGCAACGUCAAGAACUGUGUGACUCACUCAAAGGACAGUAUGCUGUUCUACCUAAUCUCUACUCCUUGUUCCCAGACUGGUCACCAGAAUUGCAUCCAGAAUAUACAAGGGCCCGAGAUGAAUCUACAAACCCGUGGAUCAAACGGUGCGUCGACUUUGAUAGAUUCCUAGCAAUACACUUCUCGGUCUUACUGUCAGACAGCUUUGCCAAGAACCCACUAGUUUGUCGGAAGCUUCAGGAAGCGGAUUUCACGACAUUCGCCGCAGUUAUGUGCGCAAAAUCAUCCUUUGAACAACUCUGUACGGUGGCAAAGUGGUUUACCUGGGUAGUAUUCGACUGCGGCUCCCUUAGCCACGAUUCAAAAACUAUCAAGAGGUACAAGCAUACUAGUAUCGAAUAUUUCAAGCAUGUCCUUUGCCAUGAAGCAGCGUAUCCAGAUUUAUCUGAAUUCUCCGAGGAACUCCAAAACGCGCUACGCUGCUGGGACGAGAUAGCAGAACAUGUUCUGUUAGCGGCGAUGAUAGAUUAUCUGUCGAGUGUUGAUGGGGUGGAUUCGAUCUACUCAGAGGGUGAAAUUCCCUCAGUACAGCAGUACUGGCGCCGACGAGACCGCACAGCUGGCGUCCAUCCAGUUAUCGCAACUAUUCCCUUUAUCUAUGACUUUGAUAUCUCAGCGCGGGAUAUGGAUGAUACGCAUAUGAAAUUACUCCGGAGACAUACAUCGUACCUUGUCCACAUACAGAAUGACAUGUUUUCGCUGAGAAAGGAGGUGAGAGUUGGACAAGUCGAGAACCUUGUUCCAAUCAUUAUGCUGAACGAGAAUCUGAUAGCCAGCCAGGCAAUGAAAGUUGCCUUCAUGUUCGCUCAAGAAUCAGCAAGGGGCUUCGAUGAAGUGGUUGAUGAUAUGCGGCAGACUGCCAAGGGAAGACGCCGCGCUGUCGCAGACAUUUUCAUCAAAGGCUGCAGAAACAUCGUCAUGGGGCUCACCCAUUGGAGCUACACCGGAGAGCGUUAUUUCCGAGCUGGUGAGGCGGAUGAAAACCACACCAUAUAUUUCGAACUGUAG